CGCGGCCCGCGCCCUGCGCCGCCGCCGCCGCCGCUGCUCCCAGCCUCUCGCUUCGCAGCCCGGGGCGCCUGGCUCCCGUCUAUAAAUAGCAGGUCACGGCUCUGCUCUGCGCGCACCCGCACCCCGCGAACGCCGGAAAGUCGGGCUCAAAGUGUCUGCUGCCGCCGCCGCCGCCCCCCACUCCGCCUCCGGGAGAGCCCAAAGAAAUGGUGUCACCUGGCAAGAGAUCUGCACGUUUUUAUGAAAAAUUUGACCAAGAGCUCUGAAGUCAGCCACGCAACAUCUCGGAGCAGAGCUGUUUGAGGAAUACAGCAAGACAGCAGAAUUUCAGAGUGGGAUAUCAGGUCUUUAGUGUGAAGAUACAUCGAUAUUAGACCAGGAGUCAUCAGCAGUGACAUUGGGGCAGAAAACAUUGGAAAAUUAUACAACUGUGAAGGUUAAUCAUGGAAAUCAAAGAGGAAGGAGCGUCAGAGGAAGGCCAGCACUUUCUUCCCACACCCCAGGCAGAUGACACUGGGGACUUUCAGUUGACAAGUAUUCAGAAGUCACCCAGUGAACCACAGUUGGAAUUCAUUCUUGCGUGCAAGGAUCUGGUGGCUCCUGUCCGGGAUCGGAAGCUGAAUACCCUGGUGCAGAUCUCCGUAGUCCACCCGGCAGCGCAGGGGCUGACAAGGUACUCCAGCACGGAGAUCGUGGAGGGAACGAGGGACCCACUCUUUCUGACGGGGGUCACCUUCCCCUCUGAGUAUCCCAUCUAUGAGGAGACCACAAUAAAGCUCACAGUCUAUGAUGUCAAGGAUAAGUCCCACGACACCGUUCGAACCAGUGUCCAGCCUGACCACAAAGAUCCCCUGCCGGAGAUUGGGCGAAGCUUCCUGGGCUAUGCCAGCUUUCAAGUGGGGGAACUGCUGAGGUCGAAGGAGCGACUGCUUGCCCUGAGCCUGAGAACUUCCGAUGGUGGCAAAGUUGUUGGCACCAUAGAAGUCAGUGUCGUGAGGAUGGGGGAGAUUGAAGAUGGGGAAGCCGACCACAUCACGACAGAUGUGCAGGGACAAAAGUGCGCACUGGUAUAUGAAUGUACAGCCCCAGAGAACAUGAGCGGAAAAGACAACUUACCCUUGUUGAAUGCGGUGUUGAAGAACCCGGUGUGCAAGUUGUACAGGUUUCCCACAUCUGACAAUAAGUGGAUGCGGGUCCGGGAGCAGAUGUCGGAGAGCGCGCUGUCUUUCCACGUUCCCAGGGAACUGAUCUCUCUGCACAUAAAGGAAGACCUGUGUAGAAACCAAGAACUGAAAGAACUUGGUGAACUUUCUCCGCACUGGGACAAUCUACGGAAAAAUGUCCUUACUCACUGUGAUCAAAUGGUGAAUAUGUACCAAGACAUUCUGACUGAGCUCAGCAAGGAAACAGGGUCCUCUUUCAAAUCAAGCAGCAGCAAAGGAGAGAAAACAUUAGAAUUUGUUCCAAUAAAUCUACAUCUGCAGAGAAUGCACGUACACAGCCCUCAGCUGAAAGAUGCUCUCUACGAUGUUAUCACCGUGGGAGCCCCAGCUGCCCAUUUUCAGGGAUUUAAGAAUGGCGGUCUUCGGAAACUACUCCACAGAUUUGAAACAGAAAGGAGAAAUACUGGGUACCAGUUUAUUUACUAUUCACCUGAAAACACAGCCAAAGCAAAGGAAGUUCUCAGCAACAUCAAUCAACUGCAGCCUCUGAUAGCAACCCAUGCAGACCUCCUGCUUGAUUCUGCAAGCCAGCGUUCUCCAGACAGCCUGAAGAAUUCUUUAAAGAUGCUUUCCGAAAAAACAGAGCUGUUUGUGCAUGCCUUCAAGGAUCAGCUGGUCAGAAGCGCUCUGUUAGCACUUUACACUGCCAGGCCUGGAGGUGUCCUCACAAAGCCACCCUCUCCUAAGAACAGCGCAGAGGAGGGCUGUCCCCAGGGUCCGUCCUCACCAGUGAGAAGGCAGGACUCCAUACCCCAUCACUCCGACUAUGACGAGGAAGAGUGGGACAGGGUGUGGGCCAACGUGGGGAAGAGCCUGAACCGCAUUAUUGCCAUGGUGGAUAAGCUGAUCGAAAGCGAUGGCGAGAGUGAAGGCAGCGGUGGCAGCAAGAACGGAGAGAAGGACCCUUCGGCCGUGGACUCCAUUGUAACUCACCCAGGGGAGGACUGGUAUGAACAGCUGUACCCCCUCAUCCUGACCCUGAAGGACUGCAUGGAGGAAGUGGUGAACCGAGCCAAGCAGUCCCUGACCUUCGUGCUCCUUCAGGAACUGGCGUACAGCUUGCCCCAGUGUCUGAUGCUGACCCUGAGAAGGGACAUCGUCUUCAGCCAAGCACUUGCUGGAUUGGUUUGUGGCUUUAUCAUCAAAUUACACACCAGUCUGCACGACCCCGGCUUCCUGCAGCAGCUGCACACAGUGGGGCUGGUAGCGCAGUACGAAGGUCUGCUGAGCACAUACAGUGACGAGAUCGGAAUGCUGGAGGACAUGGCGGUGGGCAUUGCCGACCUGAAGAAAGUCGCAUUUAAAAUAAUCGAAGCCAAAUCCAACGAUGUCCUGCCGGUGAUAACAGGAAGACGCGAGCAUUACGUGGUGGAGGUGAAGCUCCCCGCCAGGAUGUUCGAGUCCCUGCCUCUGCAGGUCAGAGAAGGCCAGCUACUUCGAGUGCACCCUGUGCUUUUUAACGUCGGCAUCAACGAGCAGCAGACCCUCGCUGAGAGGUUUGGAGAUGUUUCUCUGCAGGAAAGUAUUAAUCAGGAAAAUUUUGAACUUCUAAAAGAAUAUUACACGAUAUUUAUGGAACAGAUGCCUCCUGAUUACAUCUCACAUUUUCAAGAACAGCAUGAUUUAAAGGGAUUACUAGAAAAUCUCCAUCAGAAUAUUCAAGCCAAAAAAAGGAAGAAUGUGGAAAUCAUGUGGCUAGCCGCAACAAUUUGUCGCAAACUCAACGGCAUUCGCUUCACCUGUUGUAAAAGUGCCAAAGACAGGACGUCGAUGUCGGUGACGCUGGAGCAGUGCUCCAUCCUGAGAGAUGAGCACCAGCUGCACAAGGACUUCUUUAUCCGGGCCCUGGACUGCAUGAGGAGAGAAGGAUGCCGCAUAGAGAAUGUACUGAAGAAUAUCAAAUGCAGAAAGUAUGCUUUCAACAUGCUACAGCUGAUGGCUUUCCCCAAGUACUACAGACCUCCAGAGGGGACUUACGGGAAGGCCGACACCUAAGGCUGCCACCGUGUAAAUGAACAGGGACACAAAUACGCAUCUGUUGGAUAAUCUCUACCUUUUUUUUUAUUGUCUUGAAUUUGUGGAGGGACAUGACCAGGGAUAUUUGCCCAAGUAUAAGAGUUACUUGAACCGGUUAUCAGCACAUUUCUCUGAGAGAAAUCCAUUUUUUAAAAAAUCUUACAUAAUAUUGUCCUUUCUAGUUCUGAGCUUCUGUGUAUUGACUCUUGCUGGUGGAGAUCAGCUUGGAAUGUGUAGCUUUCAUUGAUGGAGUGCGUUAAUGGAAGACGUUCUGAGGAAACAGGUCCACAGGGGACUCGAGGCCAUGCAGAUAGCACUGCUGUCCCUCCAAAGUGAAGCCAGGUGCGGGUGCAGAGAGGGGGCAUGGCAAUGUCAUUUCACCGCUUUUCUCACACGUACUCUUAGAGCACGUUUCUGAGGUUUAACCGCAGUUUUCUAGUGAGCUGAAGUGAGGUUGCAUCAGCUCAGGGUCUGGACUCCAGGACAGCCUGCGGCUGUGCCUGUAAAGACUUUGUCGUCCAGCUAAGAUGCGACUACCCCUCCUGAACAGGUGGAUGAACAGUGUCAGUAAAGCAGUGAAAAUACUUUCCAAAAACAUGCUUUCUUUUCAAAGUUCUGACCUGGGUUAUAUGGUCCUGUUGUAAAAGUGCCACAAGAGAAAGUUUAAUAGGAUAAUAGGCAAAACACUGUGAGGAACAAGAAACUGCAAGGACUCGCAAAGUGAGAAUCUUCAUCAGCCUGAACUUGAUGUAGUCGAGUUUAUGACAGUCAACAGCAUGUCUUUGAGACAUUUUCCAAAAGUCAUCUUGGUGUAGACUAUAGGUGGUGUAAGUGUGCCUGGUGUAGAGUAGCAUACGUGCAUAAACCUUCUAAAAUAGAUGCAGCCAUCCCUAAUGACAGACCAAAACAAUUAUUUGUCAACCUGAAUUUCCAAUGUGUCCUUAUUCAGGAAAAUAACACUAUAAACUAUCCAAAAUUUUAAAUGAGAAGCUUCCUUAGACAUUACCUAGUGUAACACCUUUAUAAAUGGCUACAUCGAAGCCCAGGGAAGCUCUGCCCCGAGUCGCCUACCUAGAUAACUUUAGAACCGCGAUGACGGCCUCCUGUUACCUUCCUUCCCUGUGGCUUAGCUCUCCUCCCAACUGCCAAGCCAAAUGCACAUGGCAGUUAUGGGCAAAUGCUAUUGAGUGAAACAGAAAUCGGCAGUCACGACUGGAAACUUAGAUGACCACACUCUGAACAAAUGAAUCCUGUUUUCUCCAAAUUUUAAGAAUUCAUUGUUUUCUUUUCUCAUUCGAGGGGCAUGCCAUUCAGAGCACAAAUCUCAGUUGGAAAUGCCAGAAACUGGUUACACAGACGUGUCUUAGCUAUGACCACACUGAAUGGAAUUGUAUUAUGGGCUUUCAAUAGCUCAUGUGAUAGAAGACAUUUGUUGAAAUCAGGAUUCCAAACAGAUCUCUAGGUUCGUGAGUUUUUUCGAAUUAAUACAAAUUUUAGAUAAUCCUCUGGGGGGUUUAAUACUAGAAUUAUCAAUCUAUUAUUUUUGCUAAUGACCGUAGGCGUUACAUUUGAGGCAGUUGCCAAACGACCGUGUGCGCUGUGGGUCUGUCCUGGGGAAAGUGACCUCGGUGUUCUGUUUUGUACCUCAUUCUCCAUGUCAGGGACUAACUAUAAUCUCUGAAUUGUUCCGUUUCAUUUGAAAACGGUAGGGUUUGUGGUUACACUCACUGUGCCAUUGGAUCUGAGGUGGACGGUCUGGGAUGAGGGGCAUCUCCCCAGAUAACCCUGAGCCCUCCUUCAGUAGGUCAUGUGGCACCUGUGUUCCAAGAGCCUAAGUGAGUUAUCACCAUGUAAAUACUCUUAUGCGUAAGAAUUUGUGUUUGCAUUUGUAAAAGUGAAAACUCUUGACUCAGAUGUAGAAAAAUAUUUAGCUAGAAAGACAAUAAUAAGUUUUUUUUAAUUUUGGGGAGACAUUUAAACAUGUUUUUUUCUUUUACAAUAAGUACUAAUGUAGAUGCCUCAAAAGGUAGCGAUUCCUGAACUACAAAGGCAUCUGAGUGAUUGUUUAUUAUUAAUAUAGUCACCCGCAUUUCCCUGCAGGGUGCCUAUAUUUGUGCAUACUUCUAAAGGUGGAUUCGAGCUGGGGUGGGAGUAAAAAACAGAAAACCGUACUUGAACAGCAAUUAAAUAAAUAAGUAAAUAAAUAAAUAAAGGUGGAUUUCAUCAAAGAAAUUCACGUUUCACAUAGACAAAAAUAUCGACUUGGCUCUUUCCUAAGAGCUAUUCCAAGUAUCCUUGGAAAACUACUUCAUUAUUUCUUAAUUAUUAAGGCUGUCUAAAUCAAAGAGCCAAGGUUACGCAAAAAACUUUUAUAACCUCCUUUGUACAGUCAUGCUUUCUAUCCACACAUUGAUUUCAAAGAUGCAUACCCCAGCAGGCUGAUUUUAGGAGAUCAUGUCAAAACGGAAAAUGAACCAAGAAAAUGGCAUUUCCAAAUGAGAUCAUUGUUUUGCUCAAAAACAUGCCCCCUGUAAUAUCAUCAAAUGUACAUAUCAGUGCUGUGUUCCCUACUGCCAGAGUCCUACAGAAGGCACAGUUAAAAAAGGAUUUUUCACAGGGUGGCUGAUCGGGAAGGCGGGAAGUAUCUGAAGCAGCCCCACCCUCAGGGGACAUCAUUCAUUUGUUUCUUGUGUGGGUUUUUUUUUACAAUUUUUUAAAAGAUUUUUAUUUAUUUAUCUUUAGAGGUGAAGGGAAGGAGAGAGAGGGAGAGAAAUAUCAACGUAUGGUUGUUGCCUCUCAUAUGUCCCCUGCUGGGAACUAGCCUGCAGCCCAGGCAUGUGCCCUGACUGGGAAUCAAACCACUAUCCUUUGGUUCGCAGGCCUGCGCACAGUCCACUGAGCUACGCCAGCCAGGACUCUUGUGUGGUUUUUUUUUCUUGUAAAUAUUGCCAUGAGUGUGACUACACUCGUCCCAAACAAUCCUUUGAUGGAAACCUUUGGUCAGUCCCGUUACCUGGUGAGUCAGAGCGGUCAUUUGAUGCAGCUGACAGAUUGUACUGAUGUGUCCACAUGCCCAUUUAGAGCACCAGACAAUGCACCUGGCCUCCAGGGCUUACUCUGUAAGAGGAACACCUUUUCUUCUAAAAACUGAAUCCUUAAAAUUUAGUUUUCUAGCCUCUACAUGGGGGGGGUACUUCCCUUUUCUCCAUCAACUAAAAUGGUAUUUUGCAUAAAAUAAGACUCAAAACGGAAAAGGAAAUAUUUGGGUAACUGACAGCAUUUUUCCCAAGCAAAAUUUGAUAUGUGCCAAGGAGAGGUCGCACCAGUAGGCCCCGGAACUACCUAAUGCUGACUCGUGAAGGUGGACCAUUACAUUUUAGAAGUUAGUUAUCAAACACAGCCAUCAUUAAAUAUGAAAUUAUAAAACACAACUGAACAUGUUAUUGAAAACACAGGUAAUAAGCAAGGCUCCCACUUCCUGAUCAGUCUACUGCAUUCUUCCAUUGAUCUCUAUUCUUGAGGUUGUUUAUGAAUUGCAUGUGCACAGCCCCAACGUUACAUGAUAGAAUGUUGCUGCGUAUCUCCUGGCUCCACACGCAGCAACAUCACGUUGGUAGCUUGAAAUUGACCACAGUGGGAGUAUUUACACCACAGCAAUAUCCCAAUGCUACGGAUCAUGGUCUGGCAUUGCUGGAUAGCCAGCUGUUACAGAUUUCUUGGCACACAACUGGAUGCCAUCAUCACUUUAUCUCGGGAAAAUAAACAAUUGGAAGCCAUAAAAAUCAUUAAAAUGGUAUUAAAUACAAUUAUUCAUCUUCAGGUCACCGAAAUUUUGUUUUAGUUUUUAACCUCUCUGAAGACUCUAAUUAGGCUAUCAGCAACAUUUGGUGUUUGUAUUUUAUUAAUAAUUAAGUUUCUUAAUCAGAAGGAUGCUUUUCAAUGCAUUUCUCUCUCUGAGUUUGGCCAGGGAAAUCUUGGCAGUGAGGCUUCAGUGUAAGCAGUACCAACUCCAGGCUAAAUUCAGGGAGAUGUUGGCCUAAUUAGAGUAUCAGUGAAAAUGUGCUUUAGUACUAAUUUUGAAGUUUAUAAUUUUAGCAUUUGCUAAAAGCAGGAAAACACAGUAGCAUACUACUGUGCCCAGAUUCUAAUAAAUACAGCUCAACCGAAACCCAAACUGUUAGUUUAAACAAAUUAAACCCUGGCACUAUGCUAAGUCACCACAGAUGUUUAAGGUGUUUGAUUUCCAAAUAGUGUGGUCUAUCAGUUGUUAAGUUCAGUAUACAGGGUGCUCUGUGUAAUCUUAUAGGGAAUCUAUUAACUUUUAUCACAGAUUUAAGAAACUGGUCUGAGAUAAACUGUGAUCAGCAAUUAUGAGGGAAGCAAACAGGAAACUGAAGUCAUCCUCAAGAGCUGGAGAAUGACUUUCUGAAACCUGUGUCAUUGACUGACAGUCAUAGGGUGAAUUCACAUUCAUUCUGUCCAGCAGCAGUCUCUAGAACCUAUACCCCUCCAUAGUUACGUUUCAUUGCUAUAUAAAGCUCCAACAUAUUAUCACUUUUGUUUCUUUGGCAGUUUUAAGUCAGAACUUUCCAAACAGAUAUGACCUAUAGAAAAAACUGUCUUUCAGAACAGGCAAGUAAAAUCAAUGUUUUUGUUUUUUAAAGAUUUUUAUUUAUUUUUAUUUUUCGAGAGGAGAAGAGAGGGAGAAAGAGAGGAAGAGAAACAUCCAUGUGCAGUUGUCUCUCGUGUGCCCCCUGCUGGGGACCUGGCCCACAACCCAGGCAUGUGCCCUGACUGGAAUCAAACUGGUGAUCCUUUGGUUCUCAGACUGGCACUCAACCCACUGGACCAUACCAGCCGGGGCUAAAAUUAAUGUUUUAGACAAAACACUGCAAAGCAACUAGGUAUAGAGUUAAGGUAUGGACAUUUGGAUUUUUACUUUCUGAGUCACAUUAGGCACACUAAGCAUGGAAGAGAAUGCCUGAAGCAUUUCUGAUGUCAAAGAAACAAAUUAUGCCUGCCUGUUCCUCACAAGGAGAUAGGGAAAACUUGUGUGACAAUAAAAACCAAUAAAAAGUACAUGCAAUCAGUUCUCUGGAGCUUGCAUUUUUAUAGAUGACAUGAAUAUUUAUCAUUUUAAAUUACCAAGAGGAAAACAAGGUUCACAAUCAAGCACAGUACCCAGAGAGAGUGACUGUCAGGAACAGGGUGCCUAAUACAAGUGGCAGUGCCUGAUAAACCAACCGUAUCUUGCUGGUCUUUGAGUAAACGGGGUUAAGAAGACACUGCAUGCUCAUACUUACAGUCUGAAUGCAUUCACAACCAUCCCGAAAGGGUCUAAAUACUUCCGGAGGACACAGUCCAACAGUCCAUCUUCAAUGAUGACUUGGUGCCGUGUUGUUAACUAGUAAGUAAUGUGGACUCGGAUUUUGGCAAGACUGCUGCAGGAUCUGUUCGGUUCCGCAAUGCUUUCACACCACUGUCAGUACUUAAAAAUAUUUCAUGUUACAGAACUUUCAGAUGUUUAAAAGGCAAACUCCACGUGUCUAUAACUGUAUAAGACACCCGCUUCACUGCACAGGUGCAAUUCAUUGCACGCAUACACUUUUCAUGUGAAUAUUUUAUUAUUUUAUUUAAUCUAACAUCUAAUUUUGAGAUUCUUGUGGUACUUAUCUGAAAUGUUGGCACUUGUUUUCUUUUUAUGUUACAUAUAUAUUCUAGAUGAACUGAUAAUGUGUGUAUUCCUAGGAAAUGAGGCACAAGUAGGUUAGAUCAUUUUAUAAUGCUCAUUUGGAGAAGUAUCAUUUCGUUUUAUCGUUCUGUGGAAACCAUAUUCAUUGUACACUGUGUGUAUAUUUUUGUUUAAAUAAAUGUGAUUUUUAUUUUUUA